AUACAUCCACACAUAUAUAAUAAUAUUAUCCAGCUAUAUUACAUGGCUUACAAUUUCCUAUUCCCAUAUUCAAUUCCAUAAUUAUGUGACUAUAGAGACACUUUGAAUCAAAGCUACUCAUCUUUGAAAUCUAUAUAAACCCUUUCACACACUCAUCCCAAAACUCAAAACACAAAACCAUUUCAUUCUCAAUCUCUAAAGAAAAAAAAAAACCAACAAAAAUAUUAUUAUUAUUAUCAUUAGGGCAUGGAGAUUGCUCCAGCAACAUACUACGAGAAUUUGAAGAAGUAUUGGAGGAAGAGGAAGUACCAGAGGCUUCAUGGCGGCUCAAACCACACCAAGAGAAAGCUUCUCAUCACCAGGCUCGGCGACGGCGGCGGAAGCCGGCGGCGGCAGUGGAAGAUGAGAAGUUGUAAGCCUAAGCUGAUGACGAUGGUCGGCCUGAGGAGAGUUCUUUCUCCGGCGAAGCUUUUGGCCAAGUUUCAUGAGACUUACGUGGACUUUAUGAUCCGGUUGGCCGGAAAUGUGGCUGAUAAGUCGACCGGAGCCGGAGCUUUUUCCGGGAAGAAGGUGGCGAAAACGAAGCAGGUUGCGAUGGUUUCUAGUUGCGGUGGUGAUCGGGAUUUAGUCGACGGUAGAUUGUUGCUGGAGAUUUACAAAAGCUCGUUACUGCCAGGAUUUAUAGUUGGAUUGGGUUCAAAGCCUGGCCAACUAAAUUCACCAACUGGAUUUAUUGGAUGAACCUUAAACAACAGGGUUUGGUUGAUGGCAUUGUAGUGGCAAUAGCUACUGCCACUGUUUAUGGCAUUUGGUUCUACAGGAACAGGUGCUUACAUGAAGGUAGCUCGUUGUUGGCUGGAAACAUUGUUGAGAAUGUAAAAAAAGUGGUGCAAUUUAGAAUUCUGAAUGUGAAAAGGAACAAGAAUAGUGUUCUUUGUGCUGGUGUUG